CUUUUGGACUGGACCAUGAUUGACUGUGGAUAACUGAAGCCACAAAAAGCAGCAUGUCAGCUGAAACACCAAUCACACUGAAUAUUGAUCCUCAGGAUCUGCAGGUCCAAACAUUCACUGUAGAGAAGCUACUGGAGCCUCUCAUAAUCCAGGUUACUACACUUGUAAAUUGUCCCCAGAAUCCUUCCAACAGGAAAAAAGGACGUUCAAAGAGAGCCAAAGUCCUUUUAGCUUCUGUGGAGGAAGCAACCUGGAAUUUAUUAGACAAAGGAGAGAAGAUUGCCCAGGAAGCCACAGUUUUAAAGGAAGAGCUUACUACUGCACUUGAGGAAGUUCGCAAAGAAAGUGAAGCUCUGAAAGUAUCGGCUGAGAGAUUUGCAGAUGACCCCUGUUAUCUCCCAAAAAGGGAGGCUGUGGUUCAAGCUGCCCGUGCCUUGUUGGCUGCAGUUACCAGACUCCUUAUCCUCGCAGACAUGAUUGAUGUCAUGUGUCUCUUACAGCACGUGUCAGCUUUUCAAAGAACAUUUGAGUCUCUUAAAAAUGUUUCCAAUAAAUCUGACCUUCAGAAAACCUACCAGAAGCUUGGGAAGGAGCUGGAAAAUCUGGAUUAUUUAGCCUUCAAACGUCAGCAGGACUUAAAAUCUCCAUAUCAGAGGGAUGAAAUCGCAGGUGCCAGGGCCUCACUGAAGGAGAACUCCCCGCUCUUGCAUUCAAUUUGUUCAGCUUGUUUGGAACAUUCUGAUGUUGCUUCCCUCAAAGCCAGCAAGGACACAGUUUGUGAAGAAAUUCACAAUGCCCUCAAUGUAAUUUCAAAUGCUUCACAAGGCAUCCAGAAUAUGGUUCCCCCCCCAGAAUCUAAGGCAGCAACCCUGGGAAAUGCCCUUGAUGAGCUUGAGAAUUUAAUUAUCCUGGAUCCACUCACAGUGACUGAGGAAGAAAUAAGACCAUCACUAGAAAAACGUCUUGAAGCCAUUAUUAGUGGGGCUGCACUGUUGGCUGACUCUUCCUGCACAAGAGAUUUCCAUCGGGAACGGAUUAUCGCAGAAUGCAAUGCCAUUCGCCAGGCUCUCCAGGACCUGCUUUCAGAAUAUAUGAACAAUACUGGAAAAAAGGAAAGGAGUAAUACCCUGAAUAUUGCAAUAGACAACAUGUGCAAGAAGACCAGAGACCUUCGCAGACAGCUCCGUAAGGCCAUUAUAGAUCAUGUAUCAGACUCCUUUUUGGAUACGACAGUCCCACUUUUGGUUCUCAUUGAAGCUGCCAAGAAUGGCCGGGAGAAAGAAAUAAAAGAAUAUGCUUCAAUAUUUCGUGAACACACCAGCAGGCUCAUAGAGGUGGCAAAUCUUGCUUGUUCCAUGUCAACAAACGAAGAUGGGAUUAAAAUUGUCAAAAUUGCAGCGAAUCACCUGGAAACCUUGUGUCCACAGAUCAUUAAUGCUGCACUUGCUUUGGCUGCAAGACCCAAAAGUCAAGUGGUCAAAAAAACCAUGGAAAUGUACAAGCACACCUGGGAGAAUCACAUCCACGUCCUCACCGAAGCUGUAGAUGACAUUACAAGCAUUGAUGACUUCCUCGCGGUAUCUGGUGUGUUUUAA